AUGAAAUUGUGGGAGAAAAAUUUUAAAUUUCAAAUUAAUUCUCUCACUACCUCAAACACUAAAUCAUCACUAUUUACAACAACAACAACAACAACAACAACAACAACAACAACAACAACAACAACAACAACAACAACAACAACAACAGCAACAAAACAAUUCAAUGAUAAUAAUAGUAAUAAUAAUAAUGCAUUUGUAGUAAAAACAGGUUUAUUCCGACUAAAAGUAAUUAAUAUAAAAAUAUUCGACAAUUAG